AUGUCAGAACCGUCUUCCCAUUCGGCUACCACGUCUCCAUGGCUGGUAGUGGCACAAUCAGUCCUCCUCGCAGUGCUCGUGCUCUUCACGCUAUGGUCACUUGCGCACAUCAGGGCGACAUCCAACAAGCGCGAAGGCAGCCACGUCCGCCUCCCGGACGAAACCCACGCCCCUGCCACCCGCCUUGAGGACUUCGAUCGAAAGCUGCUGGAGAAACUCGACGAUACCCCGAUCGAUGACGGGGACUUCGUUGAUGAGGAUGCUUUCUGGUCCCGAAUCGCUCCCUGGCGCAUCGCACUCCUCCUGUCUAUCCUGGCAUCCAUCGGCAUGCAAGGUCUACGGAGCUACAAGAUCUUCAUCGCACCCGGACCGGUUUCUACUUGGGCACUUGUGCCUACUGUGCUCAUGGUAUGCGUGCAAUCUUACCAGUUCGCAAUCGCUAUCCUUUACCUCUCGGUCUCCAAAGUGGACUUUCACAUGUCGCUCACCUGGCACCUCUUCACCAUUACGGCGCUUCACCUGAUACACACUUACCUCUUGACUUUUGGGCGAUAUCUUGCCCGGAGCGACAAUUCUCCUCUCACUCCAACCGAGUAUGUCUCGGUCGGUCUGGCACUCCUGUGCUGGCUCAUCGCCGGUGUCAUCCCCUGCGAGCCCCGGCGUCGAGCCGAUCUCAGCAAAGUGUAUACCGCGGCGGUCGAAAAGGCGAUGAAUGAUGAGCAAACAAUCCUCUCGCCAUCGAGCAAUACCUCGAAUAUGCUCUCCGAAUACUCGGUCGGUAUCAUCUCACAAGCCCUGAUGCUUUGGGUCACACCCGUCCUGGUCGGUAUAUCCAAAUCGGAGCAGAUUGACGUACAGGAUCUACCUGGCGUACAUCAGUCCAUUCGCGCACAACCGACGGUCGAGAACGCCUCGAGGUAUUCGACGGCACAAGCAUCUUCAAAGCGUUUCGGUUCGACCUUGGCGGUCUUGUACAAGAUAUGGCUUCCGCAGUGGCGGACGGCAUUGGCAGCUAUUGCUAUCGCGUUGUUGUCGGUGCCGGUCUGGUAUGUGCCCCAUCUGGCUCUGCAGAACGUCCUGUAUAGCUUGGAGCAGGACGGCAACCGCCGCAGUGCGGCAGCAUGGGGCAUUAUCCUUGUCAUCAGCAGAUUGGCUGUCAUCAUCCUCCGCAUGAUCGAGACGAACUUGUGCGUGCUUCAUUCCACCUACUUUACACCUCGAGUCAGGACCUUCGCGCGAUACCUGCUUUACAGCAAGAUUUUGACGCGGAAUAUCUUCGCACAAGCGCAUUCGGGGACUAGGAAAGCAGUCACAUCCAAAGCUGACGUGCUCAAUCUUGCGUCCACUGAUUCUACCGCCAUUGGGCACCUCGGGAUCACUGUCAUGAACCUGGUACGGUGCCAACUGGAGUUGGUCCUCGGUGGGAUGUAUGUCUGGCUCCUACUCGGCCCGUCGGGUCUAUGGGGACUCUCAACUUUGCUUAUCACUUCCGUCCCGGCCUAUUUCAUCACCAAGCUCCAAUAUACAAUCUUCGAGAAGCGGCUCGCUGUAUCCGACAAGAAGAUCUCACUGAUGCAGGAGGCGGUUCAAAGCAUCUUUAUGAUCAAGGUCAUGGCCGCUGAGCGAUUCUGGUACAAACGCAUUCGGGACGUACGGGAUCUCGAGUUCAGGCGUCUCACGCAAGCGAGGAUGCUGGGAUUCAUCUCCGGGAUGCUAUACUCAGCUUCACCAACGAUCAUCGUCGUUGUUGCCUUUGCUCACUAUACCCUCAUGUCCAAGAAUACGCUGAGCGCUACCAUCGCUUUUACUUCAAUCGCCGUCUUUGAGCAGCUCCGCCCUGUUCUUAUGGGUGUCCCCAAGCGAAUGGCAGAUUGCCUCCAGGAAACUCUCUCAGCCAAGCGCAUUGGCGCCUUCCUGGAUGCCGGGAACGUCGAAUAUAUGCAGGAGCCGCAUGCCGAGGGAGCUAAUGCCGAGCUCAUCGAGCCGCUCAUGGUCAAGGGCACAGUCGCCUGGUACGACGACAGUAUGACCUACCAGAAUGGUCCCGCAGUCCACGAAAAUCCUCUGAACUCACCCUGCCAAGCAUCCUUCAGACUACAAGAUGUUGACAUCAAAUUCCCCCGCGGUGAAAUUUCACUCAUUGCCGGCAAAUCGGGAUCCGGAAAGACGCUCCUGCUCUUGGCGCUUUUGGGCGAGGCGCACCUCGUUGACGGCUACAUCACAUACGUGCCUUCCGCGAUGAUGGACCCGGAUGUCGCCAAGACUGACUGCUGGUAUCUGAUUCCCAACAGUACGGCCUAUGUGCCUCAGACAGCUUGGCUGCAAAGCCAGAGUAUCCGAGACAACAUCCUGUUCGGUCUCCCCCUCAACAUGAAGCGCUACCGAGAUGUCCUAUACGCUGUUGGACUGUUGCCUGAUCUAGAACUCUUGGUGGACUCGGACUUGACUGAGAUAGGAGAAAGGGGCAAGAUCUUGUCUGGCGGACAGAAAGCUCGAGUCAGCCUUGCCAGGGCUGUAUACUCACGUGCCUCUAUCGUCCUUCUCGAUGAUGUCAUCUCAGCAGUAGACGCAGAGACAUCCGCUCAUAUCGUCAAGUAUUGUCUGGAAGGCCCGCUCAUGGCGAAUAGGACCGUCAUCAUCGCCUCUCACGCUGUUGAGGCUCUCGCGCCAAUCUCCAAGAAAUCCAUCUUUCUCGACGCCGGCUGUUUGGUCUGGCAAGGCUGCGGUAGUGACCUACUCACAUCGGAGCACAUGGCGCACCUGAAAACUCAGUCUCCAACCCAAACCACUGAGGACGUUGUCGAGGGGAAGCUGACUUCUGCUGACGGUCUCGGCAGACGGUGCAGCAUACAGACGUAUACAGCAGACAGCUUCGAAAUCAAGGAGGCCCUUUCAAGAACGCCCAAGCACCUCGUACUGGAUGAGCUUAGAUCGAAGGGCAACAUCCAGACCAAAUUCUGGAGAGAGAUUGUCGCGUUCAAUGGUGGACCUUUCUUCUACUUCGUCCUCGUUGUCUUUCUGCUGGCCAGCACCUUGUUUCCCAUCGCGGAGCGUCGAGUUCUGGAAGAGCGGGUCCCGCCUUACCGCACGCCAUCCAAACAGUUCCAGCUGAUUCACCAGAUUCACUCGGAGAUGCUAUCAGCUGUACUCUGCGCGAAGAUGGCCUUCUUCACCAGGACUAGAGCGGGCUCUAUCAUCCAGCGCUUUGGCAAAGAUCUGAGUCCGACCGAUGUCCUAGACUGCUCCGAGAGGAUGGGAGAGACCGCCCAGAACACUGACACCUUAGUCGUGAUCGCUCUAGCUUCAGUAGCUUAUUACGGAGGCUGGCUAUUCAUCGCAAUCACGUUGAUGGUCUUUACCGCACUUUACAAGCCGACCAUAUGGUAUCGAAGUGCGGGCUUGCAGAAUCGCCGUCUAGAUUCCGUCCUUCCCGGUCCUCAGAACGCUAUCUACGCAGAGACCCUCGCUGGUACUGCGGUCAUCCGCGCGUUCGGCGUUCAGUCGAUCUUUGUCAAUCAUUUGCUGCGUAACUUGAACCUACAGAUCACCACGUUCGGUUGGCGGAUGUACAUCGCUCGAUGGCUGCAACUGCAUGUUCAGCUGUUGGACAUUGCGGUCAUUGCUACCGCUCUUUUUGUCAUUCUGACUAAUGAUCAUAUAAGUGCCUCAACAGCGGGCUUUAUCCUGGCCUUCGCGGGCACGGUAUCGAGCCAAGCGAAUCAGCUUCUCGUACUUAUACGGGACUUCGAACUCGACGCUGUGAGCCUCGAGCGCACAUCGGAGUUUCGCCAUCUUGAGCAAGAAGUAUAUGGCCAACGCUUGGACUUACCGGAGCCAGUCUCGACCUCCGAAGUAUACCGGGAGUGGCCACGUACGGGGAACGUAGAAAUCGACGGGCUGUCGGCUCGAUACGGGCCUGACUUGCCUGAAAUCUUGCAUCGGGUCAGCUUCUCAAUACAGAGCGGCCAGAGGGUGGGCAUAGUCGGCGCCACAGGUAGUGGAAAAAGCACGCUCGCCAAGGCUCUAUUCAGCUUUGUUGAUGUCACAGCUGGCAGGAUACUGAUCGAUGGACUGGAUAUAGCGGAUAUCCCCCUCAACAAGGUACGCUCCGAGCUCGGCAUCAUCGCGCAAGACCCGAUUCUGCUAUCCGGCACGCUUCGCCUCAACCUCGAUAUCGAGGGCAAGUACAUCGAUGAACAGCUAUACGACGCCCUCCAUCAAGUCCAGCUCGUCAAGAAGAAGGGGUGUCCAGGCUCCAGCGGUAUCGCUCCCGUUGAGGACGAGGCCGUCAAUCCAGUCACUCUCAGUCCAGCGUCGUCCUCCGCCACUGUGGUGAUCGAGCAAGACGAGGCCAUCAGCAUCUUCAACAACCUGGACUACGAGAUCUCUUCGGGCGGCGACAACUUGUCUGCCGGUCAGAAACAGCUCGUUGUACUGGCCCGGGCACUGCUGAAGAAGCACAAGAUCCUGAUCAUGGACGAAGCCACAGCGAGUAUCGACUCGGCAACUGAUGCGGAGAUCAGCCGGGUAGUCCAUGAGGAAUUCGAAGGGGCCACUAUCCUUAUCAUUGCGCAUCGUCUACGGACUAUCAUCCCCUGCUCCACCAUCCUCGUUAUGGACAAGGGCACCAUCGUCCAGCAAGGUCCUGCCUACAGCCUGGUCAGACAGGAAGGCAAGUUCCAACAAUUGUGUAUGGCGGCUGGUAUGGAAGAGUACCACCAGCUCGUGGCGAUGGCCGAGAGAGAGGCGAAGAAGAAUCAGCUGGUCGAUGUUGACCUGUGA